CUCGGCCUCCUCCGUCUCUCCUCUCCUCUCUCUGCCUCGGUGUCUCUGCAGUGCAGCAGACUCUGCGAUCUGACACCACGCCGGCAGCUCCCAAAGACACUCAUGUUCCUGGCCUUGUGGGGGUGGGGGGGCCGUUCCCUGCCUUGCCCAUGUUUGGCGAGCCCGACCCUCCCCGCUGCCGACAAAGUCUGUCAGAUGAAAAGUCUCCAUGGCUUGUUAAACCACCGGCUGGGGGGUUUUCUACUUAGGGAUAGCAAAGGGAUCCUUAUGCAGCAACACGUGAAAUGAACAAAGCUCCACAACCCUCAGGAGGAACCCCAUCAGCCCCACACCCUUCCCCUUCUCCUGGACUUCCACAGCAGGCAGCAUUUCCUCCUGGCCAGACGACACCUGUGGUUUUUAACCCAGCGCAAGCUACCCAAAUGAAUACGCCUUCCCAGCCUCGACAGUUUCCAGCAGGGCCUCGUGCUUUACAUCAGCAGGGAGGAUUCAGGUCUCUUCAGCAUUUCUACCAGAGCAGGCCCCAGCCUCCGGCAAGUGCUUCCCGGGUGCAGAGUAACGCGUCGGCUCGGCCUGGCCCGCCCGCUCAUGUUUAUCCAGCUGCUUCCCAGGUGAUGAUGAUCCCCUCACAGAUCUCCUACCCUGCUUCGCAAGGCGCCUACUACAUCCCCGGACAGGGACGCUCCACGUAUGUUGUACCAACACAGCAGUAUCCUGUCCAGCCAGGUGCCCCCAGCUUUUAUCCUGGAGCCAGCCCUACAGAAUUUGGUACCUACGCUGGUGCGUAUUACCCUGCCCAGAGUGUGCCACAGUUCCCAGCUGCCCAGGUCAUGAUGAAUCAGCAACCACCAAUCCCGCCAAAGCGAGAGCGUAAAACGAUCCGAAUACGAGAUCCAAAUCAGGGUGGCAAGGAUAUCACAGAGGAAAUAAUGUCUGGCGCUAGAACGUCUUCUACGCCUACUCCUCCACAGGCUGGAAGUGGUCCAGAACCCCAGGCCAAUGGAGAGACACCCCACGUAGCAGUGAUUGUCCGACCAGAUGACCGUCCCAAGGCCGGUCCAGUAGUAAUCAAACCGGCAUCUUUGGAAACGAGUAAAUCUGCAUCCCCGUCUCCCCCACCACCCCUGAUAGCGGAGGAAGAGUCUGUGCUGCCGGCCGCUGUGACGGUGGUGUGUACAGAGAGCCCCAUAGCAGUGGACACUACAGAGGAGUUGCCGGAGGUCCCCACUGAUAUCCUCGAACCCAUUAGCGCCACCACUACAGUGCCAGGAGGACCAGUGCCCACCCCAGAAGCUCCUGUCUUGGACACAGAGUCUCGGGAGGAGGCAGAUGCUAGCCCAGUUUUGGAGCUUACUUCCCAGCCAGAGAUGCUCAUGGAAGAAGAGGUGGUUCCCGUGGAGACAGUGACUACUAUCCAGGAGGAAGCUCCUCAACCCGAGGAGCCUCCUGCCACACUGCCAGGUGCUCCUCCCACCCCGCCGUCUUCUUCAGAAGAAGUCUCCGAACAGGUGGUUGAAUCGAAUGGCGUGUUAGAGGAGGAAACACCGGAGCCCACGCCUGAGGCCCAGCCGUGCCAGCUGGAUUUAGCUGUGGAGUCCCCCAUUGCACAGCCUGAGGAGCUGGUGAUGCCUUGCGGAGUAGGAGCAGUGAGCAAGCCAGAAGUGGAGGCUGAAGAACCAGAGGAGCAUCCUGAGUCAGAUGUCAGCCCCAUCUCUGAACCGGAGGAGGUGAAGGCUGAGGAAGUGGUGGUGGCCCCAGUGGCCACCCCUCCUGCAGAAGAGGAGAAGGAACCAGAACAGGAGGAGGAGGAGGAAGAGGAAUGUGAGGAGUUGGCAGACACGCCAGAUCAGGGUGCCCAACCAGCAGCAGCUGAGCCUAUGGAGACUGUGGAGGUGGCCUCUCAAGUGGCUGUUUCUGUGCCAAAGAAGAAGCGAAAGUUGAAGGACCUGAACAAGAAAGAAACUGUUGGAGACCUCCUAGAUGCAUUCAAAGAGCCCAGCGAGGGUGGCCCUGAGGCCGAGAACAAGCCCCCUGCGCCAGCCCCAGAGCCUGAGGAGCCUGCCCCAGUUCGGUCCCAGGAGGAGCCUGAGGAGACAUGGGAAGAGAAGGAGGAUAAGCUAGACCCUGAGAAGCUCAAGCAGGCGGAUCAGAAGUACCGCUACAAGGAAGAGCAAUGGAAACCCCUGAAUCCAGAAGAGAAGAAGAGCUAUGACCGAGAGUUCCUGCUAGGUUUCCAGUUCAUCUUUGCUAGUAUGCAGAAGCCUGAAGGGUUGCCCCAUAUCAGUGACGUGGUCCUGGAAAAGGCAAACAAAAUGCCCCUGCGGCCCUUGGACCCUGUGCGCCUUAGCACUAUGAAUUGUGGACCAGAUUUCACACCUUCCUUCGCCAAUUUGGGCUGGCCCAACCCACCCAACCGUGGACCGCCUGCAGGGCCAGGACAACGCCGUUCCCAGCAAAGCCUACGGAAGGAGCCCCGGAAGAUUAUCGCCGCAGUGUCUCUGAACGAAGACGUCAAGCUCAACAAGGCUGAGAAGGCCUGGAAGCCCAGCAGUAAGCGGGCAAGUGAACCAGAGGAUCCUGAAAAUGUAAAAACUCAGGAGCUGUUCCGUCGUGUGCGCAGUAUUCUGAACAAGCUGACACCGCAGAUGUUCCAGCAGCUGAUGAAACAGGUCACCGAGCUGUCCAUCGACACAGAGGAGCGCCUCAAGGGUGUCAUUGACCUCAUCUUUGAGAAGGCCAUCUCCGAGCCAAACUUCUCAGUUGCCUAUGCCAACAUGUGCCGUUGCCUUAUGGGGCUUAAAGUCCCCACUACUGACAAACCGACCGUCAUGGUCAACUUUCGCAAGGUACUCCUGAACCGAUGCCAGAAAGAGUUUGAGAAAGACAAAGACGACGACGAGAUUUUUGAGAAGAAGCAGAAGGAAAUGGAUGACACCGCUGGCCCUGAGGAAAGAGCUCGCCUGAAAGAGGAGUUGGAUGAUGCCCGGGACAAGGCUCGGCGGCGCUCUCUAGGCAACAUCAAGUUUAUUGGGGAGCUUUUUAAGCUGAAGAUGUUGACGGAAGCCAUCAUGCACGACUGUGUGGUGAAACUGCUUAAGAACCAUGACGAGGAAUCACUUGAAUGUUUAUGCCGACUACUUACCACUAUUGGUAAAGACUUGGACUUUGAAAAGGCGAAGCCUCGAAUGGAUCAGUACUUCAACCAGAUGGAGAAGAUAAUUAAGGAGAAGAAAACAUCUUCACGUAUCCGCUUCAUGCUUCAGGAUGUGAUUGACCUCAGACGGAAUAGCUGGGUGCCAAGGAGAGGAGACCAAGGCCCCAAGACCAUUGACCAGAUUCACAAGGAAGCUGAGAUGGAGGAGCACCGUGAGCACAUUAAAGUGCAACAGUUGAUGUCCAAGUCGGAUAAGAGGAGAGGGCCUCCGGGCCCACCGUCUAUAGGUGGGCGAGGGAACGUAGUUUCGGAUGAUGGCUGGAACACCGUUCCCAUUAGCAAAGGCAACAGACCGAUUGACACCAGCAGGUUAAGCAAGAUCACCAAGCCUGGCUCAAUCGACACCACUAACCAGCUCUUUGCGCCUGGUGGACGACUGAGCUGGGGGAAAGGCAGCAGCGGUGGUUCAGGUGCCAAGCCAGCUGAACCAGCAUCUGACUCCAACCGACCAGCCACAAGUACCUUGAAUCGUUUCUCAGCCUUACAACAGUCGGCUCCAGUCGAGAGCCAGGACGUGCGCCGUGUAGUGCAAAGAAGCAGCAGCAGUCGUGACCGUUCUGAGAAGGGCGGCGAGCGAGGAGACCGCUCAGAGCGAGACCGGCCAGAGAGAGGGGAGCGUCUAGAGCGCUCCGAGAGGCCAGACCGGUCCGACAGAAACAGGACCCCUAUCACAAAGCGUAGCUUUAGCAAGGAGAUGGACGACAGGAGUCGGGAGCGUGAAAGGCAAGGCGUCCUUGAGACCGUGCGCAAAGUGGCCAGCAUGACGGAAGAGCGGGACCGAAGCAGGGAGCCUGCAAAGCGUGAGCCAGUGGCCCCCGAACCUCCUGCCAAGCCGGCUUUGUCUGAGGAAGAGCUGGAGAAAAAAGCCAAGGCCAUUAUUGAGGAGUACCUGCAUAUCAAUGACAUGAAGGAGGCCCUGCAGUGCGUGCAGGAGCUGAACUGCUCUUCACAGCUCUACAUCUUUGUGCGGAAUGGCAUCGAAUCCACACUAGAGCGAAGCACCAUUGCGCGUGAGCACAUGGGACUACUGCUGUAUCACUUGGUUAAGGGAGGCAACCUCUCCAAGGAACAGUACUACAAAGGGCUGCAUGAGAUCCUUGAGAUUGGUGAGGACAUGGAGAUUGAUAUUCCCCAUAUAUGGCUGUACCUGGCAGAAAUCAUAACUCCCAUUUUGAAAGAAGACGGUAUCCCCAUGGAGGAGCUCUUCAGAGAGAUUGCCAAACCCUUGGUCCCCAUUGGCAAGGCCACAACUCUGCUGCUGGAGAUCCUGGCCUUACUUUGCAAAGGAAUGAGCCACAAAAAGGCAGGGACGUUGUGGAGAGAAGGAGGCCUGAGCUGGAAAGAGUUUUUGCCGGAGGACCAGGACAUCAAUAAGUUCGUCACAGAACAGAAAGUGGAAUACACAAUGGGUGACAGUUCAGAUGCACCCAGCCGCAAGGAGCUCACCUCAGAAGAGCUGUGCAAGCAGCUAGACAAAGUAUUGAAAGAGAAUGCAGAUAACCAAAGAAUAUUUGACUGGAUAGAGGCAAACUUGAGUGAACAACAAGUCUCAUCCAAUACGUUUGUCAGGGCCCUGAUGACGUCGGUGUGCCAUUCAGCAGUUGUCUUUGAGAAUCCUUACCGGAUGGACAGUACUGUCAUUAAAAGCCGAGCCAAGAUGUUACAGAAAUACCUGAGUGAUGAAAAUAAGGAGCUGCAGGCCCUCUACGCUUUACAGGCCCUUGUGGUGAAGCUGGACCAACCAGCCAAUCUACUCCGAAUGUUCUUUGAUGCCUUGUACGACGAGGAUGUGAUUAAAGAGGAAGCCUUCUACAAGUGGGAAUCGAGCAAAGACCCCGCUGAGCAGCAAGGAAAGGGUGUCGCCCUCAAGUCGGUCACAGCCUUUUACACUUGGUUGCGCGAAGCCGAGGACGAAUCCGACAACAACUGAGCACCCCCCUUGGGGGACGGGAGGGCGAACUGAACCUGCCGGCUGCUCUGAUCCCUCCCUGGAGCCAUGGACUCCUGUACAGGGUGGGAUGGGGAAGGAUACACAGGACUGAGUACUGCUGUCUAUACCUCCCCCAGGACUUUUUUCUUUCCCCCUUUUUUCUUUUCUUUCUUUUUUUUCGGUUGGGAUUUUUUUUUGUUUUAACAGCCUGUAUCGGUUUGUGUCUUGAUGAUAAUAAAUUGAUGCUGAAGGA